UAUGAUCUCUGAUUCGUUCGUAGCCGAAAUAUUUUAGUAUUUUAUAUAAACAAACACAACAAAUGUAUUAGUCUGGAAUGGACCAUGUGAUGUUAAUGAUAUGAUGAUGAUGAUGAUGAUGAUGAUGAUGAUGAUGAUUUUGCACACAAAAUAUUUUCUGUGCCUGAGAAAAAGAUUUCACAAGAAGUUCAGUAACAGUUAAGUGUAGUUUAGUAAAGUCCAGUUCGGUUCGGUUCGGUUCAGUUCUGGAAUGUGCACUGUAAUUCAGCACAGUUCAGUUCAUUAAAGAUUGUUAUUGUUAUUGUUAUUGUCAGAAUAAAUAAUUAAUUAAUUGGAAUGUAAAACCAGGGCGCAAAAAUCAGUAAAAAGUUGUAGAAGCAGAGAGAGAGAGAGAGAGAGAGAGAGAGAGAGAGAGAGAUUUCUCCACCCUUAUCCCCAGUGUGUCCCUCUGUCCCCUCUCUCACUCCUUCCUCCUGUACAGGUAGAGGAUCUUGGAGCGCGUGCAGCAGUAAGAUGUCCCGGGAUAGAGAAAGAGAAAGUCUCAGAUAAUCUCCCGGCGGUUCUCCAUCACUCCGGAUUAUCCCCUCAGCGGGCAUGUAUCAGGGUCUGGGCAUGGCAGGCAGCCCGGGUGCCUACGAGACGAGUUUCGUGCACAACGCGGCGGCGUCGCCGGUGUACGUGCCGAGCGCGCGCGUGAUUCCGUACCUCCAGGCGCACGGUGGCGGAUCCCAGGCGAGCAGCGCGGCCUCGUGUCACCCGGCGUGGACUCAGCCGGGUCCGGACCCCGCCGCGGCGUCCUACAGCGCUUCUUCCCAGGCGUCUUCGCGCUUCACGUUCUCCUCCUCCAGCGCGACGCCCGCGCGGGAGAGCGCCGUGUACGCGAACGCGAACGCGCCGAGCGGGCGCGAGCACUACGGCGCGCGCGGCCUCGCCUCGUCCUAUUCCGCUCCGUAUCCCGCCUACGUGAAUCCGGGUGUCGGCGGAACGUGGGCCGCGUCCCAUUUCGACGGCUCGGUGCUUCACAGUCUGCAGUCUGCAGGAGCGACCGGCGUCUCCAGACACCCAAACAUGGAUCUGUUCGAUGAUUUCGCCGAAGGUCGAGAAUGUGUGAACUGUGGCGCCAUGUCCACUCCUUUGUGGCGGCGAGAUGGAACCGGUCAUUACCUGUGUAAUGCGUGUGGACUCUACCACAAGAUGAAUGGCAUCAACAGGCCGCUGAUCAAACCCCAGAGACGACUUUCUGCUUCAAGACGAGUGGGCUUAUCCUGUACAAACUGCCACACCACAACCACCACUCUAUGGAGACGAAAUGCAGAAGGAGAGCCUGUGUGCAAUGCCUGUGGUCUCUACAUGAAACUACAUGGGGUUCCUCGUCCUCUUGCCAUGAAAAAGGAAGGGAUUCAGACCCGCAAACGCAAACCCAAAAACCUCACCAAGUCCAAGUCCGGAAACCCUGGGAAUGAUGACCACACCCCAUCAAAUGUAGCCAGCACUUGUGGCAACGCAGAAGAACACCGUCCAAUCAAGACAGAGCCGGGAACGCCCACUCUCUAUUCCCAUCAUAACCUACAUACACAGAUCUCAUACAUGGGAGGCCAAAGUGGGGCUUCAUUGCUAAAGCUUUCGCCACAUUCUGUAGCACCCAGUUCCAAAAAUGAGCCUUGGAACAGUCUGGUCCUUACAUGAAAUCGCUGCCUUUCAAUCAAACCUUUGCAAUUUCUGCGCCAGUACAGUGACGGUAAAAGGGACGAAUGGGUUCGACGCGAAAAGGACAUCAAACACAACCAUGACACAAUGGAAGAACAGUGGGACUCUGAAUUAAGGAAUACAACCAGGAUAAGGAAUAUCCUUGAGACCAACGUACAGGAACAUGACCUGGUCACAUUCUCAGUCACAGACCACUGCAAGUACUCCACUGAAAAAGGGUCUUCAGUAUUUAUAACGUGAUAAAGUGACUCAACAACCCCAUGUGCCUUUAUUUUUUGUUAUUCUUCACUCUACAGUGUUUUAUUACUGAAAAACUCUGUGUUUACUGCUACAUGUGCUAACUUUUAUUAUAUAUAUAUAUAUAUAUAUAUAUAUAUAUAUAUAUAUAUAUAUAUAUAUAUAUAUAUAUAUAUAUAUAUAUAUAUAAAAUACACUCCCUGUCCAGGAAGUACUGCUUCAAAUAAAUGAAAAAGACUGUUCCAUCUGAACACUAAAGAAUUCUUAAAGCACUCCUUCAGGUCAAAACCUUUCCUGUUUGAGUUACAGCUUCACUUAGCAUUUAAAGUACCAUUAUUUCUUCUAUAUAAUAUAAUGCACAUGUAAUGCACCUACAUAACCCAUUGGACAGUAAUUAAUUAAUUAAUGAGUAAUCGGUUAAUUUCCUAAUUUUUCAGUUCAAUCUGGAACAGGAUCUCAGGGUCAAAAUUGAUCACGAACCAAAAUUAUUAACAACAAAAUUUAGAAAUAAAUCAGAGUAUUUAUUAACUUGAAGCAAACUGGGUGAAGUCUUUCUUCAUGCUCGUAGGUAGCCAACAGCACCAGGUCCAAGCGUAACACGGUGAAUGUUCCACUCAGCAAUUGGGAUUUUUUUUCAAUAUAUAAAAACGUAUGUAUGCUGUAUGUAUUGACACCUUGCUCUUUUAUGAAGGUUAAAUUUAAUGUGUUGUACAAAGACAUUACAUCGGCAAAGGACAAACAUUUAGAACUGUAACGGUGCAUCGAACUUUAUAUCUACGAGCGGCUGAUCUUACAGAUGAGUGUAAUUAAAUAAAUAAGAAUCGAACAUG